GGCUCCACAGCAGGAGCAGCAACAACAGCUUUGUCCCGCACAAAACGAUCAAACGGCGUUCAGUACGGGACAGAUCCCGCAGCCUCUCACUGCAGCAUGGCAACAGAGUUGCAUAACCUCAAGGACAUACAGCACACUGCAUCGCUGGUUACAAAGGUCUUUAUACAACGAGACUACAGUGAAGGAACUGUGUGCCGAUUCCAGACCAAAUUCCCCACAGAGCUUAACAACAAGAUAGAGAGAGCUCUGCUUGAGCAGACAGUGAAGACACUUAACUUGUAUUACAUGGAGGCUGAAAAAGUUGGAGGUCAGUCAUACCUGGAAGGAUGUCUAGCUUGUGCAACAGCAUACAUUGUAUUCUUCUGCAUGGAAACACGCUAUGAGAAGGUCUUGAAGAAGAUAUCAGGCUACAUCCAGGAGCAGAAUGAGAAGAUCUACGCCCCAAGAGGUCUGCUGCUCACAGACCCCAUAGAGAGAGGAAUGAGGGUUCUAGAGAUUAGCAUUUUUGAAGAUCAAGGCUCAAGUGGCUCCAGUCCUAGCAGCGGCAUGUCAUCAUGUAGCACUGCUCGAUGACUGGAGGGGCAGCACCAGGCUUACGGGUACCAACACAGGGGCAGCGAGACACUCACUAGCAUCCGCAUGCUGAAACAUGAGAGCACCAGAUUCUAAAGAAAAGCAUCAAGACAGAAAGCCAUGGAGGUAAUCCAGAACUACAGACCUCUUCCUGCUUAGAGCUUCAACUAACUACCCUGAAAGAAGGUUCUGGAUCUACAAAAGCUGUAGCUACUAAACAGGAUUAAAGGUCAUAGCUACAACUUUUUCAUCUAAAUUAUUUUUUUUUUUAUAAUUAUUCCUCAUAAAAUCUGGAGUGGUGCAGAGUAAAGGUAUUAAUUCCAUUGAAAAACUUAUAUAUGGUCUAUAAAUAACUGUUUUAUAAAUGUUGCUUGGUCCAACAUUGAUAAAUAUUUACUUCUGCUUCUGAUGGCAAAGUCGACAUUAAAGGAUUCUGUACCAAUCAAAUUAGUAGGUGGAAGUCAUGUGAGACAGUGCUCAGACAUUGCCAGAUUCUUAUAGCCCCGUAAUAUAGCUGGGAAAUAACUUCUUUCCGACCAGCAGGUGUUAAAAUUGUAGCUAUUACCUUUCAAAUAUGUCAACAGAUUUCACAUAUCAUCUUAUGAGAAAAUGCAGCAUCCAGUGUCUCUUAAACUCUUAAAAAGUUAUCCAAGGUAAUCCUUGUUAACCCAUUUCAUCCUGUCUUUUACAAUAAGUCACAUAUUGUACAUUUUAGUGUAUCCUGCAAGUUCAUCUUUGAUCAGAACUGUCGUCAGUGUGUGAAUAGCAUCAUUUUACUGUCAUUGCUAUUAUACUGUAUGCUCAUUCACAGUCUGGGUAUUCACAAGUCUUUGUAACAACUCCGCCACUAUGAGCAGAACUUACUGCUUCCCAGCAGACAUAUUGUUCUUGUUUCUUACACUUGUUUCAAGUAGUUGAGGUCAAGUUGUAUUGAAUGUGGGCAAAUUAAGGCAUGGGGUAUUAGGUAGAGGUAUUUGGCAUAAAUAUCUAGCUGGGACCAGUUUGAUUCAUUUAUCUUUUUUACUCUCAAGAGUGGAUCAAGUGAUCUGCAUAACAGCUGCAGGUCACGCCUUGGCACACACAUGCAGACAUAUUCAGAUAAUAUACCCAACCACUGCAUAUGAGGGCAAUAAAUGGGACAUGUGCACAUCAGGUAUAUGCAUAGACACUCAUGUGUAUGUAACAUGUACUUAUGUACUCAUUUUAUAAAGCCAGAAAAUAUUCAAUAUGGUUUUAGCUUACUGUGAACCUCAGACUCUAUUAUAGUUUUGAUGUCUGGCAGUGUUUAUGAUUUUGACAUCAGUUGCAGUCUAGUUUGAGAUGAAAGCUGGUAGCUCUUAACACUGUCAAAACCUUUUCCCUAAACAGACUUGGUGGCUUCUUAAGCUGAAAGAGUGUGGGUUGUUAUCAGUGGAGCUGGAGACUGUACAGUCAUUAAGCAGAGAAAUGUGUUCCAGUUUGAGUGUAGGAGCUUGCAGGAGAACCGGCCCACAGAGAUUUCAAGAAAUUAACCUCUUUUAGCCUGUUUUUCCUUGCUGUUGUGUAGAUACAGGUUGAAUUAGAAAUUCAAACACAAAAAAGGCAAAAGAUAAUCUACAAAUGUACCGAAACCAACUUGGACACUAUUCUGUAAAGACAUGAAUGACAGCUAUGUAUAAUUUCAA